AUGAACAGGAGCACCGAAGAAGCGAUGCCGACAACGAUACUAGCCCAUGUCGACAAUGAAGAUGACACACAAACGACGGCCGACGCGACACCAAUCGAAAGAGAGGGGAGACAAGAUACUACUACAAACAUGCACGGACCAAAAUCGAAUAGGCUGACCUUUGUGCUGAGAACGCAUGAUGGUGAUGGAUACGUUCUACCAUGCCUUUCAUGGGAGGCGACGAAACUCCAGAUAGAAGAGAUAUACAGUCUGCGAGGUCGUGAAAGACUCGCAAAAGCGGUUAAGGAUGGCAACUUCAGUUUGUUGACUGAGAGUGGAGAUAUCAUCCUACCUUCUUUCUGGGACCUCGUGGUCAAAUCGUCCACAAUAGUACAAGUCAGCCUGCCGUCAGACGUUCUCGAUCCUGAUGUCGCCUCAUUCCACCCCAGAGGAGACAGAGUCAGGACUAGAUAUCGAACAUCUAGCCCGUCGGUGAUGUAUAUUGAUGACGAUGCGAAAAAAUCGACAGCAGAGGAGCUGAGCGGUGCUGUUGAUCAUAGCGAAGACGACAGUAGUGGUAGUGAUGAGGGAACGGACGUCGAGAAUACCAGCAGUGAGAGUGAGCUGUCUGAGACGCCAAUCCUUGCCGAGGCGACUAUUGAACCUAUUCGUCCAGUUAUAGCCUCGGUGGAUGGUGAUGGUAACGAUCUCUCUUUCCAGAUCAACACUGCCUUCAUUGGGCCGUUGGACCGGGCUACAGCAGAUAUCAAUAAUCCACCGAACAAGCGGGAACCCCAACAAUCCAUUGGCGAAAAAGAGUACAUGUACAUCACGAAGGCAGUGAUGACUCAGGUCGAGAGUCGAAAUACGCUCCAAAUUCAUGUGUUACCAGGUCCCAGAAGCACUUCGGCACGCUCAGAUAUUAGUUUGCGAUGGUAUCACUUACAUUCCGAGAGUCUAGACUUCGUUAAGUUUCGAGAAACCUGUCUGGGCAUCCCUGGUAUUUCUGAGCGCCUGCACAAAUUGUCAAGAAAGCUCUUUGAAAAAAUCGAGAAAGAAAAGCUUAAGGAUUUCCUGGACGGCAUGUUCAUCGAACCCGGUACAGUGCUUAGGGCCGAUGAAAGCCACCAGUCAGAUCCGCAGAGUGCUAUAUUCAGUUGUGUCCCUUACUUCGACCUCCACAAGGCACCUAGAAAGGCUUCAGCUGCUGGCCACACAGAUCAUCUCUUCCCACCCAGGACACUGAUGCAGUCAUACUAUCCGUAUGAGCCGGUACAAGAAAGGGACGCAGAACAGGCGUACAGAACCUACGGAAACGAGCGAGCCGGUGCUCUUAUUCACGUUCCAAACUUGUGGAUGGUAAACAUAGGUUCGGAAUUAGUUGCCACAUGCGGUCAUCAAGCGUUGUCCAAAGGAUUUGUGCAGUCCAUUCAAGUGGUUGAGGUUGGUCGCAAAUACGCAAAGGAAGAAGAAUACCCUACCACCGAUAUCAGACUGACUGAUUGGCAUGGUCGCAACUUGAUUUACUCACUAAAAGAGUGCCGAUCAUACUUUCAGAUGGAGCAGAAGCUGAAGGAGCUGCGAUGGUGUUCCACGCGUUCACAAAACGAGAAAAGUUUGCAGCUCUCAUGGCAAACGUCACGCGGCAGUGUGAAAGUUACUCCCGGAAUCUGGGCCGACAUCCUUCGCAAGAAAGACGCCCUAUUCAUCAACCUCAGUCUGUUGAAUGAUAUCGAGGAUGGCACCAAGCACGUUACUAGUGCAGAGCUCCCGUCAUCGACUGUACUAUCAGCAACCCCUUUCUUUCAUUGGCCGAAUUCGAUGAGUGCAGAAAAGCUUGAGACGGAACGUUUCAUUCCUGGUGAUAUCAAGCGCUCAAUGCAGUGUUUGGAACACGUCGAGAAAGCCAUGUUGUCAGAAGUCCUUAGCAGCUAUGGGACAUACAACUCGGUCGAGAAGACCUUCACAUCGACUGCAUACUACCGUGCGCUUCCAGAAGGCUUUGCGGAGCAGGUAAAGUCAAGUAUCGAGUCAAUUGUCACUACUAGAAAGAAGCUGCCAAGUUCGAGUGCGAUUGAUCAUUCCGUUCACGAGGCCGUAGUCAAUCGCCAACAAGACGUCCUUGCCCAGAAGACAACCGAGCUGUUUGAAACCAUGCAAAAGACGUUGGCACUCUUCGUUGCCGACGUUGAAAAGAGCACGAUGUUACGCAAAUCGUGGGGUGCCAUGAAGAGUAUGUGCGGUAUCGUAGCGACGGUCUGCAGUCGUGCGCCCUCGAAUUAUCGUCCGAGAAGGAAUUCAAAUCCCGGCUGGACACAUGACCCCAUGAACAACACAGGUUGGUUUGUACGUCUAGAGACUACCAAUAUGGAGACAAAAGAUUCGUUCAAAAAGCUUCAGCAGAUGAUCGAAAUGUGUAGGAAAUGCGGAACGACCAAGAUGUACAACACCCAACAGGCUGCGUUGUUGCACUUGCAAAAGCACAUCAAGUCGAUUGAUCAGUCCAUCUUGGACAUGCUGAUUCCCGAGGAAUGUAUCCUGACCUACGCCCAGAUGAAGAUGGAAACGUGGAACGACGGCUAUGUUGCCAUACUCACAAAAGCGUGCCAGACAGCGCAAGAGAUACAUGUUCAGACCAAAGAGUUGUCGGAGGGUGUAUGCAACGAAGAUGGGCAACUAUCUGACCUGUACACAUUUCCUCGUCCAUUGCUUAGUGCCUUGCGCCAGCUACUGGUCUUUUACCUAGCGGUCGAGCGGGCCAUGUACUACACUGAGGAGCAAUUCAUGGAUAAAACGAUUGCAUUCGAAGAACCUGAGUACAUGGCUACGUUGCCUUUCUCAUCUGAAGGUCUGCGGGUCCUCGAGGUAUUUGGCAACGGAGUACAGCAGGCAGUAAAUUUGGCUCGUAACGAGCUCUGCUCUAUGGUCAAAUCCACAAAGCUUACGCAAGUCUUCCAAAGACUAUCACAGAGUCCGGAAUACUUAUGCAGUUGGUUCAUGCGACGACUGAUUGUCAAGCCACUCGAGAAGAGCAUGACGGUCAGCGACAUGUACAGGGAAUACUUAUCAACAAUCCAAUUCCAAGUCAAUCAUCGUCCGGGAAAGCGGCUGUUGCGCUCGAUCAACCUCCUUCAGGAAGAAUUGACAGCUCUUCUGGAAGUCAACACACAGCAGUACAAGCUCAUCUCGAACUACUUGAGCGUUCUUGAUGAUGCGACCUACGAGAAGGAUACACCCAGCCGUCGCGCCAUGUAUCCCUAUGAGCGCAUGCUCUUGGCUUCUUGCCAGGACAACCUGCAACUCACGGAUCAAGAGUACCGUUACCUGCUCGCACGUUGCGGUCCGUUAGCAGAUAGCACCAAGCAGAGUCUGGAAAUCAAUGAAGAAGACCACGGAAAGGCGAUAAUGGUGUUUACCAUCGUCACCAUCGUGUUCCUGCCCCUUUCCUUCGUCACAUCGUUCCUUGGCAUGAACACAACUGAUAUUAGGGAUAUGGGUAGUUCUUCGUCGCUAUUCUGGGCAAUUGCCGUGCCACUGACAGCUGUCACCAUGGGUUCGAUAUUGUACAUUGGUUACAACGGCGACGAACUGCGCGAUACAUUCAGUUCACUAUACCGCACCGUUACGGGAAAGCAAGACCGCAGCAUUAGCGCACGAGGCAUUAGUAUUGCGCAACGAAAGCGUGCAAGAAGAGUGGCGGUGAACUCGAAUAGCACGCUAGACUCCACAGGCCUCGCAGACGAGGCCGAGUACGCCAAUCCACGACCAGACGACUAUCAAAGAAUAGUGUACCGCACUGACGGAGUGCACUAUGGAGAGGAGGAGUAUCCAAGCGCACGUCGACCGCCGCAUCGCCAGUAUACUCUUGAGGCGCCGACAAUGCAGUGGGAGCCCUAUCUCAGCGCACCCAACCCAUUUGCACCUGAGCCUCGGAUGACUUCGCGCACGCAACCGUUCGGUCAAUCUCAGACAUACGUGCAAGCUUCUUAUCCUCCUCCACCGCCUCCGCGGCGUUAUCAAUCGCCACCACCUCUGGCUCAGAUGCGACCCACUCAAGAAUACGCGGAGAUACCGGUAAUUCGACAAGACCUUCAACACAGCGAGUUUUUGCAGCAGGGACGGGCACCAGCACAAUACUUGUGGACGAAGAAGGGUCAUAGGUAUCGUCGCUCCCAUAGAGAAGAGAUCGGACAAAGAAUAGAGGGUAGGCGAGAUGAAUGGGAUGACAACGACAAAGAAGAAUGGUACACUAGAACUCAGCCCCGUUCAAGACGAUGA